GCCCGGGGGCCGGCGCCGCCGUGAUUUGCUGCGCGGCGCGGCGAGCGGCGGCGGCGGCGAUGAGAGCGGGCAGUGCGAACUGCCGGAGCAGCCGCCGGCCGCCUCGGCACACAAAGCUGGUCCCAGAUUUGAGCGACGGCGAGACACCCUGAUGUGUGAGCCUGGGGCGCGCCAUGGAUCUGACUAAGAUGGGGCUGAUACAGCUGCAGAACCCCUGCCACCCCACCGGGCUGCUGCACAAAGCCAACCAGAUGCGCCUGGCGGGGACGCUGUGCGACGUGGUCAUCAUGGUGGACAGCCAGGAGUUCCACGCGCACCGGACCGUGCUGGCCUGCACCAGCAAGAUGUUCGAGAUCCUCUUCCACCGCAACAGCCAGCACUACACCCUGGACUUCCUCUCGCCAAAGACGUUCCAGCAGAUCCUGGAGUACGCGUACACUGCCACCCUACAAGCCAAGGUUGAGGACCUGGAUGACCUGCUCUAUGCUGCCGAGAUCCUGGAAAUUGAGUACCUGGAGGAGCAGUGCCUGAAGAUCCUGGAGACUAUACAGGCCUCCGAGGACAAUGACACCGAGGUCGCUAUGGCUGAUGGAGGUGCCACCGCCACCACUGAGGAGGAGGAGGAGAAGAAGUCAAGGUACAUCAAGGGCCUCUUCAUCUCCAAGCCCACUGGUGAGGAGGGUGGCUAUGCUGGCAUGGCCAGCCAGAAUCUGCUGGCAGCCACAGUGGAGCAGAGCCCCUCUGCCUCCGCAUCCUACUGCUCCCUCUCUUCCAUGAGCCCCACCAAGGCGGCGGUGGACAGCUUGAUGACCAUCGGGCAGUCACUGCUGCAGGGAGCCCUGCCACCCAAUGCCCCCGAGGACUCACGCUCUGCCACCACCCGCCGUCCCUCUGGCCUCGCCGAAGUCAAAACUGAAGCAAUGCAGGUGGAUGAGGCCUCCAGCCAUGACAGCCCCCGGACAGCCGAGCCCGGUGCCUCCAGUGGGGAAAAGGCUGACGAGAAAGGCAAGGAAGGACCUGGCACCCCGACCCGCAGCAGUGUCAUCACCAGUGCCCGUGAACUGCACUACACCCGUGAGGAGGGUGCCGAGCCACCCCCUGAGCCUGGCCAGGGGCUGCCACUGGGGCCGGAGCCGUCUGCCGCUGCCCCGGGAGAGAAGCCCUUGGGCAUCUACUCCCUUCUGCCGAACCACAAGACUGAGCCAGUGCUCGGCGUGCCGCCCACUGCGGCGUCCGCCCUGCACGUGCAGCCGGCCCUGGCUGUCUCCAUGGACUUCAGCGCCUAUGGCGGGCUGCUGCCCCAGGGCUUCAUCCAGCGGGAGCUGUUCAGCAAGCUGGGGGAGCUGGCAGCCGGCAUGAAGACAGAGAGCAGAGCCCUGGGUGAGCAGUGCAGCGUGUGUGGGGCAGAGCUGCCAGACAACGAGACCCUCGAGCAGCACAGGAAGCUGCACAGUGGGAUGAAGACGUACGGAUGUGAGCUGUGCGGGAAGCGGUUCCUGGACAGCUUGCGGCUGCGAAUGCACUUACUGGCUCACUCAGCGGGUGCCAAAGCCCUGGUCUGCGAUCAGUGCGGUGCCCAGUUCUCGAAGGAGGAUGCCCUGGAGACGCACCGGCAGACGCACACCGGUACAGACAUGGCCGUUUUCUGCCUGCUGUGCGGCAAGCGGUUCCAGACGCAGAGCGCCCUGCAGCAGCACAUGGAGGUGCACGCCGGGGUGCGCAGCUACAUCUGCAGCGAGUGCAACCGCACCUUCCCCAGCCACACGGCGCUCAAGAGGCACCUGCGCUCCCACACAGGCGACCACCCCUAUGAGUGCGAGUUCUGCGGCAGCUGCUUCCGGGACGAGAGCACGCUGAAGGGCCACAAGCGCAUCCACACCGGUGAGAAGCCCUACGAGUGCAAUGGCUGUGGCAAGAAGUUCAGCCUGAAGCACCAGCUGGAGACCCACUACCGAGUCCACACAGGUGAGAAGCCCUUCGAGUGUAAGCUGUGCCACCAGCGCUCCCGGGACUACUCGGCCAUGAUCAAACACCUUCGGACCCACAAUGGCGCUUCCCCUUACCAGUGCACCAUCUGCCUGGAGUACUGCCCCAGCCUCUCUGCCAUGCAGAAGCACAUGAAGGGCCACAAACCAGAGGAGAUCCCCACUGACUGGCGGAUAGAGAAGACCUAUCUCUACCUCUGCUACGUCUAAGGGAGGAGGCAGAGGGGCAACGGGGCAGAUGACUGGGCAAAAAAAUCCCACCAAACCCG